CUUUCUGCACAUGCAUGCAUUCAUUGCAGGAGUUUGCAGGUAUUCAGACGCACUGUGGUUGCUUGUGCGUGUUUCACCAACAUCCUACAACAGUUGAACUGAGAAAAGAGACGAGUUUGAUGUCUGCUGUGUUGGAAGAAAAAACACCAAAACAAAAUGGCGGAAAACCAGAGCUUCAGAUGAAAACCACGCCAAGCAUUGAUUCCAACUUUGGUAACUUCUGCCAGGAAUAUCAACACAUCGCUUGAUCAAUACUCUGGCACCUACGCCACUGUGGAACCUACAAGAGUGUGACACAACGCUGUGACACCCAAAACAGUGGAACAAGAAACGGCUCUAAUGGUCCCAAACCCGGAGAGAACACAACACGUGACACUUGAAGGUGAACUGUUAUAAAUCAUCUGUGAAUAAUGCCUCCUCUGCUCCAGCUGGCCUGUACCUUCUUUAUCUUAGCGACGUUCUCAGUAAGAACAGGUGCCGACGAUCGCCAACGACUUCGUUCGGUUGGCUGUUUUGUCUGUUCGUCCUUCAACCACAGCAACCCAGCAUGUGAAGAUCCGUUCCACAACCGAAACAAUCAAUUCUACCAUUCGAAAUGUUGGGCGAGCCACCGGAAUCGAAUCGGAGUCUACCCUGCCACCCAGUGCAUCAAAAUGGUGGCUACUGACUAUGAAACCGGUUACCAUAUUGUGGUGCGCAACUGUGUCGUGGACAACGGCGGGACGACAUCGGAAUCGGAGAUUGGGAGACAAAGCCAUUGCGGCUGGGUUCGUGCCAUGAAGUAUAACAACAAGAUGUAUCGUGGAUGCAUCUUGGCUUGUGAUUAUGACGGCUGUAAUGUGGCCGGCCCUUUACACCGGACACCACAGAUUUUCUACACAUUACUUGCCCUCUGCAGCCUCCUCCUUUCUAUGCUGUUGGCAUCCGUAGUCUAAGGAGAGAGGUCUCUUGUCUGUAAAUUUAUGAACCUCGGUUUUAUUAUCUGAAAUGAACAAACGAAUAGACAUUUA